UAAGGUGGAUGAGAGAUUAUUAGGACAUCAUUUUCAAGCGAGGUGCUGACACAUACGGUGCCCUUCGUGACUCCAGAAAACUGCACUCGCCAUUCGCAACGGGAACAAUUUUCAUGAUGGAGCCUCGAUCGACCCUGGCUCUUUUGACCCUGUUCGCCGUAGCGGUUUCAGGGAGCAGACUGGGAGAAAAGUGCGAAUAUGACAGCGACUGCGACGUGGCCUUUUCCUUCUGUAGAGGACAGCAGGUGUGUGAGUGCAAAAGAGGAUUCGAGCAAGGACCAACAACAGACCGAUGUGUCGCAACAAUCGGAGCGCAUUGCACGACGCACUAUGACUGCGCUGGCCUUCCAAACUCGGAAUGUGCGAUGAACGUUUGCUCCUGCAGAGAAAACUUUGUGGCGCACUCGAGCGCUCGCGAAUGUCUCAUGGUGGCUCCGAUCUACAUGGCGACGUGCGUUGAACACGGCCAGUGCAUCUCAGCCUUCGGGGACCGCAUGGAGUGUCGAGAGUCCAAAUGCCAGUGCAUCCCCAUGCACCACUUUACAGACAACGUCUGCAUCCAGAGCAAAGCACUGGACGAGCCGUGCAUGAGCAGCAAAGAGUGCUACGUCAGUGAGGACGACGAGAUGAACAAAAAAGUCGCGUGUACAGCAGGAAGAUGCCAGUGCAUCAUGGGCUUCCACAUGGCUCUGGACCACAAAACCUGCACAGAUGGCGCUGGUCAAUUAGGAGCGAUUUCCCUCUGUGCAUCUCUAGUUCUUUCAAUGACACUAUUAUUUUUUAAAUAGCUCAAAUUUCAACUGUUUAAUUUUUAAACGUCCAUUUAAGUAUGUAUAUUAUUUUAAGGACUUACAAUAAAUUUAAUAGUUUUAUUUUUAACCAAAUAUCAAUUACAUUUGGUCGCUGAUGGAUUUCAUUUUUCGGCGGCCCAUCAAAUGCCACUCAAAACAACACACGUUAUGCAUAGUUAUAUUAAAUAAAAUAUAUGAGUGUAAGCUAUCUUCUCCUAAGUGAAAAUAAAAAACUUUGAAAAAACAACUUCCUCCUUGCGGAAUUUUUCAAAA